AUAAGGGCACCAUUCGGGCUCAAGGGGCACCAGGCGGCUUCUGGCCAGAGGCCGCGCACGCCCCGCACCCGGGCGGCCAGCCUACAGGCCCUAUAUCCGCGACAUGCAGCCGAGCCUCUUUCGGCAGCGCCUGCUGGAGCUCGCCGCCGAGUACGAGGCCCAGCACGCGGCGGCGGCUCGAUCCCCGAGGCGCCCCAGCGCGGUCUCCUUCGCCGAGGCGCCCGACGGCCCGGCCGAGGACGGGGCGGCGGAGGGCGGGAGCGGCGGUGGGCCAGCCCCGGCGGCGGGCGCUGCGGCGGCCGCCGACCGUGGCGAGGGCCCCGGGCGCCCGGAGGGAAGCUGCCCGUCUCGCGCUCCCCCCGCGGAGCCGCCGAGGCAUCCCGUGGAGAGUGCGGGCACGGAGGUCACGGAGCCGGCGAGGGGCUCCAGAGCAAGUUCAGAGCCGGCGAGGGGCUCCAGGGCAAGUGCAGAGGGUCUCGGAUCGCAGCGCGGUUCGAUCCCCGAGGCAGUCCCCAUCGCCGGCAGGCGCGUUCGCAGCAAUGGCUCCACUCCGGCAGGCGUGUACGCACGCAGCCUGAGUUCGGUUUCGGACCUUACUACUAUUUCGAGUUUGCCGUGGACGCAUUCUGCCUCCAUGCUAGAGAGAAACAGGUUCAGCAAUCACGUGAGGAAGUCGGCGAUCAGGAGAUUACCGCAGCAGAAUACUAAACAUGGACUUGCCUCGUUUGUGAAGAGCCGUUUCUUCAGCGUCUUAUCCGCAUCCGUGAUCUUGGUGAGCACAGCGCUGAUUGGUAUUGAGACCCAAGCUCUUUCCAGCCUGUCCAACCAAAGGUCAGGGUCGGAUCACCUCUUAGUUGUUCUAUCAGUAUCGAAUCAUUUUCUCACGUUUCUUUACCUGGCGGAGGUGGCAUUGCGCAUAAAAGUCUUAGGAAUCAUGCACCCCAGGGACAGGUGGUGGAAUCUAUUCGACAUCGCCAUCCUACUUCCGGCGCUCGCCGAAGUUGCUCUGGACAUCGUUGUGCGCGCGUUCUUCGGCAAGGAUAGCAACUUGUUCGAUAACGGUGGAAUGGCGAAGAUGCUGCGCCUCUUUCGCCUUACCCGGCUUCUCCGCAUCGUUCGAACGUUUCGCCAAUUGAAGCCCUUGCGAGUGCUUGUGCAAUCUAUCGCAUCUGCCAGCAAGUCUGUCUUUUGGGCUCUCAUACUGCUCGUCAUGAUCGUGUUUGCCUUUGCUGUUAUCUUGACGCAGGCUGUGUCUGAGCAUACCGAAGGUGGCACCCGAAUAGAUGACGGUGAUCUACUAGUCAAGUAUUACGGAGACCUUUUCCGGUCAAUGUUGAGUCUUUGGAUGGCUGUGUCGGGGGGGAUUAGUUGGCACGAGCUCACCGCGCCGCUGAACGAAAUUGGAAGUUCCGCUUGGAUGAUGCUGUUCCUCAUAUACGUUACCUUCGUAAAUUUCUUCGUGCUCAAUGUGGUGACUGGUGUCUUCUGCCAAAAUGCAAUCGAAGGGGCUCAAACGGAUCUCGAUCUCACUAUCGAGGCCCAGUUCAAGGAGAAGCAGGUAUACGCAGACCGCCUGAAGCUGCUCUUCGAGGAGAUGAAUGCGGAUUACGAGACCGAUUACGAAGGGCUAACAGCAGCCGAUAUAUACGAGCAGAUGGAGAAGCCAAAGGUGCAGUCGUGGUUCAAGGCUAUGGACAUCGAUGCGAAGCAGACGUGGAAGUUGUUCAAGGCCCUCGACCCGGGAAACUCUGGCAGAAUCUCUCUCCAGGACUUCGUGGAGGGGUGCCUGCAGAUGAAGGGGUCGGCUACCCGCGUGGACGUGGAGUCGCUGAAGUGGGAGAUCAGAGCUGCGAAUAAGCGCGCCGAGCGCAAUGCUGAGAGAAUCGCCCAGCUUCUAGAAGCCAUUCCAAGAUCGGAGGUCGAACUUGUUGACGCCUGUCGCGGAUCUGGUGCCGGGUGACGGAGGUGGGCUCUAUGCCUUCUCGUGUUCUUCCCUCUCCUCUUGGGAGGGGGAAGCUGGGGCAUGUUGGUUGCUCUGCAGCUGCAAAAUGCACGCGACAACCUAGCAUGUUUAAUUCUUGAUGUUUGCGAAUCUUUGUUUUGGACACCCUGUGCGCACUCAGCCGUCUCGGGUGGGCAGCGAGCCACGGCCGACGUGGUCUUCUCACCGUUCGCUGAUCUGCAGGACUGGGAAGACAUCGUCCUCUUACAGUCUCCAGUCUCCUGUGCCCUCCUCGAGUCGCCGGUCGGCGUCUGGCGCUCGCAGCCGACGCCACGAUUUUUUCAUGGGCCGUCCCUGGGAUGGGGGCCGGGGAGCCUCUCGGAGGCACGGGGCUCGCCGCGGC